AUGGGCUGCUUGCCGACGCUGGCCAUGCUGGCGGUCCAGGCCGGCUUCGCCGGCAUGAAUCUGCUCUCCAAGCUCUCGCUGGACACGGGCAUGAGCCCGUUCGUGCUCAUCGCCUGCAGGAGCUUCAUCGCCGCCGGAAUCCUUGCUCCCAUCGCGCUCUACUACGAGCGGAACCUCUGGGCGACGAUGACCAGGAGGGUGAUCCUGGAGAUCUUCAUCUCCUCCACUCUCGGAAUGUCACUGAGCGAGCUGCUCUACUUCCUGGGAUUCCAGUCGACGAGCCCCACGGUGGCGUCGGCGCUGGUUAACCUGGUGCCCGCCCUGACGUUCCUCAUCGCGGCGGCGGCCAAGAUGGAGACGCUGAGGCUCGCCACCCGCGCCGGCCAGGCCAAGGUCGCCGGCACGGUCGUCUGCCUCGGCGGGUCAAUGGUGAUGCUCUUCUGCAAGGGCCCCCUGCUCAGGAUCUGGGCCUCGCCGCUCCACUGGAGGUACGCCGAGGAGAUCACCGCUGCCGCGGCAGCGAAGGCCACCGGUGGCCACAGCGCCGUGUCGGUCGGCGACGUGCUCAUCAUCCUCAGCUGCGUCGCCUGGGCCGGAUGGCUGAUUCUCCAGAACAAGACCUCGCAAAGGUUCGCAGCGCCUUACACGAGCACCAUCAUCAUGUCGCUGAUCGUGGGCGUGGAGUUCGCGGCGGUGAGCGCCGCCGUCGACCGGCGGGCCUCCGUGUGGGCGCUCGGGUCCGGCAUCCGGCUCUACUCGGUCCUCUACAUGGGGAUCGUAGGGUGGGGUGCCACCUUUGUGGUGAUGACGUGGUGCAUUAAGCUGCGUGGCCCACUGUUCGUAUCCAUGUUCAACCCCGUGGUGUUGGUGGUCUGCGCCGUGCUGGGUUGGGCGUUCCUAGGCGACAAGAUACACCUCGGAGAUGCGGUCGGAUCGGUGGUCAUCGUGGCUGGCCUCUACAUGGUGCUAUGGGGAAAGGCCAGGGAGGCUCCCAAGCCGGCUCUCGUCGAAAAUGAUGCCGGUGUCAACGUUUGA